AUGAACUCCGUCAGAGCCACCAACCGGAGACCCAGGCGAGUGUCGAGGCCGCGCCCGGUGCAGCCCGAGCGGAACAACAGAGACAGAGAUGAGGAGGCUCCCGCAGCCGCCGCAGCAGAGAUGGCGAUCGAGGAGUCCGGUCCAGGAGCUCAGAACAGUCCGUACCAGCUACGCCGCAAGACACUUUUCCCGAAGAGAAGCGCUGCAGCCUCCGCCGCUACCUCCGCCUGCCCCAGCAAGGGCCUGAUGGAGGGAGCGUCCACGUCGUCCACAGAGGCCUUCAGCCAUCGGGCCAAGCGGGCGCGCGUGUCUGGUAAGAGCCACGACUUGCCAGCAGCCCCAGCAGAACAAUAUCUGCAGCAGAAGCUACCCGAUGAGGUGGUUUUGAAAAUAUUCUCCUACUUGUUGGAGCAGGACCUCUGCCGGGCAGCUUGUGUUUGCAAGCGCUUUAGCCAACUUGCUAACGACCCCAUACUUUGGAAGCGCCUCUAUAUGGAAGUGUUUGAGUACACGCGUCCUAUGAUGCACCCCGAGCCGGGCCGCUUCUAUCAGGUCAGCCCCGAGGAACACGAACACCCCAAUCCGUGGAAGGAGAGCUUUCAACAGCUGUAUAAAGGUGCCCACGUGAAACCAGGCUUUGCAGAGCACUUUUACAGCAAUCCGGGAAGGUACAAGGGUAGGGACAACAUGCUGUACUACGACACCAUUGAAGACGCGCUAGGCGGCGUGCAGGAAGCCCACUUCGAGGGGCUUAUUUUUGUCCACUCCGGCAUCUACACGGACGAGUGGAUUUACAUUGAAUCGCCAAUUACCAUGAUUGGCGCAGCACCCGGUAAAGUGGCAGACAAAGUGGUGAUCGAGAACACCAGAGAUUCUACGUUUGUUUUCAUGGAGGGUUCGGAGGACGCUUACGUCGGGUACAUGACUAUAAAGUUUAACCCUGACGACAAAUCGGCGCAGCACCACAACGCGCACCACUGUCUGGAAAUCACAGUCAACUGCAGUCCGAACAUCGACCACUGCAUCAUACGCUCUACAUGCACGGUUGGUUCUGCCGUGUGCGUGAGUGGCCAGGGAGCCUGUCCUACCAUAAAGCACUGUAACAUCAGCGACUGCGAAAACGUGGGCUUGUACAUUACAGAUCACGCACAGGGCAUUUACGAAGACAACGAAAUUAGCAACAACGCACUAGCGGGCAUUUGGGUGAAGAAUCACGGCAACCCCAUCAUCAGACGCAACCACAUCCACCACGGGAGAGACGUGGGCGUGUUCACGUUUGAUCACGGCAUGGGCUACUUCGAAAACUGCAACAUCCACCGAAACCGAAUCGCCGGUUUCGAAGUGAAGGCUUACGCCAACCCCACGGUCGUCCGCUGCGAGAUCCAUCACGGCCAGACGGGCGGCAUCUACGUGCACGAGAAGGGGCGGGGACAGUUUAUAGAGAAUAAAAUCUACGCUAACAAUUUCGCCGGCGUGUGGAUUACGUCAAAUAGUGACCCCACGAUACGAGGCAACGCCAUCUUUAACGGCAACCAGGGAGGUGUGUACAUAUUCGGUGACGGGCGGGGUUUAAUAGAAAGCAACGACAUCUACGGUAACGCGCUGGCGGGAAUCCAAAUCCGGACCAACAGCUGUCCUAUCGUGCGUCACAACAAAAUCCACGACGGCCAGCACGGUGGCAUCUACGUGCACGAAAAGGGCCAAGGGGUGAUCGAAGAAAACGAGGUGUACAGCAACACGCUAGCUGGCGUCUGGGUGACGACGGGGAGCACCCCCGUUCUGCGCAAGAACCGGAUCCACAGCGGCAAACAGGUGGGCGUGUAUUUUUACGACAACGGCCAUGGCGUGCUGGAAGACAACGAUAUCUACAACCAUAUGUACUCCGGUGUACAGAUAAGGACGGGCAGCAACCCAAAGAUCCGUCGCAACAAGAUAUGGGGUGGACAAAACGGCGGCAUUUUGGUCUACAACUCAGGGCUAGGCUUUAUCGAGGACAACGAAAUCUUCGAUAACGCCAUGGCAGGCGUGUGGAUUAAAACGGACAGCAACCCCACGCUAAGGCGAAACAAGAUACACGAUGGCAGAGAUGGGGGAAUUUGUAUAUUCAACGGCGGCAGAGGGCUGCUGGAGGAGAACGACAUCUUCCGGAACGCUCAGGCCGGCGUCCUCAUCAGCACCAACAGUCACCCCAUCCUACGCAAGAACCGCAUUUUUGACGGCUUCGCUGCAGGUAUCGAAAUCACCAACCAUGCUACGGCCACCCUGGAGGGAAACCAAAUCUUCAACAACCGCUUCGGUGGCCUUUUUCUAGCAUCGGGCGUCAACGUCACCAUGAAAGACAAUAAGAUCAACAACAACCAGGACGCCAUCGAGAAAGCUGUGAGUCGAGGGCAGUGCCUCUACAAGAUCUCCAGCUACACCAGCUACCCUAUGCACGACUUCUACAGGUGUCACACUUGCAACACGACAGAUAGGAACGCGAUUUGCGUCAACUGCAUUAAAAAAUGCCACCAAGGACACGACGUGGAGUUUAUACGGCACGAUCGGUUUUUCUGCGACUGCGGCGCCGGCACCCUGUCCAACCCGUGCACAUUAGCCGGCGAACCGACGCACGACACGGACACUCUGUACGACUCGGCGCCGCCCAUCGAGUCCAACACUCUUCAGCAUAACUGA